GUUUUUAUUUCCAUGAUUUUGUUUUUGUACUAUUGGGGAAUGUUUUCAGUUCAGGAAAUCCAUUUGUGUUGAAUGACAUUGUUGAGUUGAUUCCAAUGCCUGCAAAAAGGAAAGAAAACUCUUCACAUAAUUACUAUAAGACAUUUGCUUAAUUAUAAGCUCCUCCUAGCACACUCUGAUGCACAAAGAAAAAGAAAGAAGUAGUCUCAUGGAGUCCUUGCAUCAACUGUUCAACCAGGCAAAACCAUUUUUGGCUAUGAUCUUGAUGCAGUUAAGUUAUGCAGUGAUGUCGAUAAUCGCGAAAUUUGUUCUGAAUAAGGGGAUGAGUCCACAUGUAUUGGUAGCAUACAGGCUGGCUGUUGCCUCUGCUCUCAUUUCGCCUUUCGCCAUUGUUUUAGAAAGGAAAUCAAGGCCAAAGAUGACAUUCACCUUCUUUGCCAAGAUAAUGUUGAUCAGUCUACUCGAGCCGAUGCUUGAUCACAACUUCUUUUACACUGGAAUGAAGUACACGACCGCGACGUUUGCAACUGCUAUGUGCAAUAUUCUUCCUACCUUAACAUUUGUAUUGGCUUGCAUCUUCAAGCUUGAGAAGGUGGAGAUCAGGAGGGUGCCUAGCCAGGCAAAGGUGGCUGGAACUAUGGUGACAGUCGGAGGAGCAAUGAUAAUGACUCUAAUCAAGGGGCCUAUUCUAGAAUUGCCGUGGACAAAGGGCAGAAACCACCCUGGUCAAUCUGGUGCAAGUGGAGCUCACGAGCAAGAUCUGCUGAAGGGUACUCUUAUGCUCAUUGCCGGUUGUUGCUGCUGGUCUUGUUUCAUCAUUUCGCAGGCAAUUAUCUUAAGGUCUUACCCAGCUAAGCUUUCCCUCACUGCUCUGAUUUGCUCCAUGGGCACGGUAGAAGGCACCAUUAUGGCAUUAGUAGUGGAACGGCACAAUACUUCAGCCUGGUUAAUUCACUUGGAUUUCAAACUCAUUGCUGCUCUCUACGGUGGAUUGGUCUCAGCUUUGGCUUUAUAUACAAUGGGAUCGGUAAUCAAGAGGGGUCCUGUAUUUGUGAGUGCUUUUAAUCCAUUACAAAUGGUUAUUGUUGCAAUCUGCGGCUCCUUUUUCCUGGCUGAGGAAAUGUGUCUAGGAAGGGUAAUUGGAAGCAUUGUUAUCGUUAUUGGCCUAUAUCUAGUUUUGUGGGGUAAAAGCAAGGACCAACCUCAAUCUAAACCAGACAGCACGGUAGCACAAGCUGAUCAGCAGAAGGCUACGGUUAAUGACCAUAUAGAGACUCCAGAUCCUGAGUUUACCGCAAAUGGAGAGAAGCCAAAGGAGGGAAACCCUUUAAGAAUCUGAUUGAAGGUACCGAUGGGAAAAUAUUGAAAAGUUUUUGAGUUUUCUGUAUGUCAGUGUCCAGCAUUAGUCUAUUCAGGAGGGCUGUAAAAUGAGUUUUCUGUAUGACCCUUGGGAGUCAUAGCUUUAAAAUGAACAUCGAUUGCUGUUAAUUUUAGAAAUGCAUACAAAGAAACCAACGUGGCUGUUGAAGAAAUUAUUUCAUGCUGGACCCAGACUCUAAGCCAUGAAAAUAAUACUACUAAAGAACCAGGUUAAAGGCUCUUCUUAGGCUUCAAAGUGGAAAAACAAUUUCCCAUAAACUAAAAAUGACAUCCUUGUUUCUAACUCCUAAGUCUAUUCAGGAUUCUCUUGUCUUGACUCAUCAUUCCCAAGCUCAAAAUGCAUAUAAACAUCGACAUAAUCCAAGAUUCCACUCAUUUGCUUCGAAGGAGAUUUCUUCCUUCUGGACUAUAGAAAAAUCAUACUUGCGACAAGCUCAAAUAUUUGGUAGUCGUAAC